CUUUUUCAGAUUGCUAAUGAAACUCCUCUUGAUGUAUUGAUGGAAACAUCAGGUACGGACAUGCUGAAUGAUUCUGAUAACAAGGCACCCAUCAGUCCUUUGCAUUUGGCUGCUUACCAUGGACACCACCAGGCACUGGAGGUACUGGUACAGUCUCUCCUAGAUUUGGAUGUGAGAAAUAAUAAUGGUCGCACACCGUUGGAUCUAGCAGCUUUCAAAGGACAUGUAGAGUGUGUGGAUGUAUUAAUCAAUCAGGGAGCAUCCAUUCUUGUUAAAGAUUUUGUGACUAAAAGAACCCCAAUUCAUGCUGCAGCAACAAAUGGUCAUUCAGAAUGCCUGCGGCUCCUAAUAGGUAAUACUGACCUCUACACGGCAGUGGACAUUCAAGAUGGAAAUGGACAAACUCCUCUGAUGCUCUCUGUUUUAAAUGGACAUACGGACUGUGUAUGCUCACUUCUUAAGGGUGCAAAUGUAGAUGCCAAAGACAAAUGGGGGAGAACUGCAUUACACAGAGGGGCAGUAACUGGUCACGAAGAGUGCGUGGAAGCUUUACUUCAACACAAUGCUAACUUUUUAAUUCGGGACUGCAAGGGCCGCACGUCCCUGCACUUGGCAGCUGCUUGCGGGCAUGUAGGAGUACUUGGGGCAUUGCUUCAAGCUGCAUCCUCAAUGGAUAUUGUUCCUACAGUUUCAGACAAUCACGGUUACACACCUCUGCACUGGGCUUGUUAUAAUGGUCACGAUACCUGUGUAGAACUUCUGCUGGAACAGGAGGUUUUUCAAAAACUGGAUGGUAACUCUUUUAAUCCAUUGCAUUGUGCUGUAAUAAAUGACAAUGAAGGUUCAGCAGAAAUGUUAAUAGAUGUUCUAGGUGCUAGUAUUGUAAACUCUACAGAUGGAAAAGGAAGAACACCUCUUCAUGCAGCAGCUUUCACAGAUCAUGUUGAAUGUUUACAACUUCUACUCAGCCAUAAUGCUCAAGUAAACACUGCAGAUUUAACAGGGAAAACGCCAAUAAUGAUGGCAGCGGAAAAUGGGCAAACUAAUGCAGUUGAAGUACUGGUCAGCAGUGCAAAGGCCAAUUUGACCCUUCAGGAUAUGAACAAGAAUACAGCCCUCCACUUAGCUUGUAGCAAGGGCCAUGAAACUAGUGCCUUGUUAAUACUGGAGAAGAUUACUGACAGGAGCCUCAUAAAUUCAACAAAUACUUCAUUACAAACGCCACUGCAUGUUGCUGCACGUAAUGGGCUAACGGUAGUUGUGCAAGAGCUUCUGAGCAAAGGAGCUAGUGUACUUGCUGUAGAUGAGAAUGGAUACACACCUGCCUUGGCUUGUGCUCCAAAUAAAGAUGUGGCAGACUGCUUAGCCCUCAUUCUGGCCACCAUGAUGCCUGUUUCAUCCAGCAGCACUUUACCCACUCUCAGCUUUAAUGCCAUUAAUCACUACAAUAAUCCUUCGAAGACUGUGUCCUUUGACUCUUUACCAAUAAUGAGAAGUGAUCAUAGCUCUUUCUGCAGUUUGAACAGUAUAGGAAGGGAAGAUGGUUACCCUUAUACUGAAGAUGACGAACUAAAUGAUUCUGAUUCAGAGACCUACUGAAGACACUGACUUGAACUUUCAUGAUGAAAGCCCUUGAAGCAUGCCCAUAGAUCGAUGGGUUUUUUUUUAGAUGAACGCCUUCUGAACUCCCUCAGCCAAGUGGAGGAAUUACAUUAUAGGUUUAAAGUUGAAUUUAUCAAAAAAAAGACACAGAAGAAUGCAGGUCUAUGGAACAAGAAACAAGCAGCUCCGAGCUUGUAAACAAUGUAGGAAACUAUGGACAAAGUUGAUGGAUGCCAAUGUUGUGUUAUUUUAAUGCUCUUUAUUUCCAGUGCCAGGAUCCAUUUCAACAGCAUACACUGGUUAAUGGUUUGAAUGAGAAGACUUUUCAGUGCUGGGUGAAAUAGCACUACUAAAAUUAAUGGGGACGUCCAAUCAAAAAUUCCCAAGUCUUAUUGAAUUUAAUAAAGAAAAUGGUGUAAAAAGAUUGGUGUAUAUCACAUCAUUCGCUUGCAUGAUGAUUUGCCAAAGGGACCAAACAAACUGACUUUAAAAGAAUAAUCUUAUGUAAAAACAAAAUACAAAUAUUAGAGAGCUGUAAUUCAUUCUCAACCUGCAAGUUUAAAAACUUUGCUUUAACAGUAUUAAAGUAAACCGUUCAGAGAUUUUGAUGUACAUUUGUUGAUCAAUUCUAGAUCUUACUAGAUUUGCAUGAGUAUAGUAAAGGCAUUGUGUUAGAGUAGGGAGGGAAAGGGAAGAGAAAACUGAAACCUAUUUUUGAACCAACAGAAAAUGCCCCUUUCCUACUUUUCUAGUUUGGCAUAAGACCAACAGACAUGGUGCAGUUAGGGUGAUGGUUAAUUAAAUAUUAAAAUCAACCAAGUUGUUGUGGAGAGCCACCCAUUCCUUUUGCAAUUUUUCAAACCCAAAUUUUACCAGUGUAUUUUAUAAUAUAAUUGGUAUUUUAAAAUAGAUUUGUAGGUGUGGAAGCCAUCUAUACCACAAGUCUCAGAAAGUAAGAUUUCCUGGACUUUGCAAUAUACUGGACUUUAGUUUUUAAUUGACAUUCACCUUCUAGAUGGUUAACUGUAUUACAGUUAUUUCAGCUACAUUUGUACAACUGUUUGUUUGGUUUUCAAUUUUUUCAGUGCCUUCAUUGUUGUCUGUUUCAUAGUUAUGGAUGUACAUCAGGGAGGAGACAUAUGAAGUCAUUAUAAUUGAGACUUCUUUCCAUGUUGUGAACUUACUUUUCAGUACCCAUUUGGCAUAGCUAAAAUGUUGCAGCUCUUCAGUAAUUUGCUUCAGGAUACUUUGAACUGGUUUGACAGGUGUUUGGGCAGAACUUAUCCAGUAUUUCAUGACAGGCAUAUAUUUUCAGUUGAAGCAGGCAGUAUCUUCAUACUGUGUUGCACGAUUGAAGUAUGAUAGCCCUGCAUUUGGUUCUGUAAAGUCAGAAUAAGCUGUGUCUGAAGGAUUUCUACCUGUUACUUGUCAAAAUGAAACUACUUUUUUUUUUAAGUACACUACUUGGUACAAAUUAAUUUUGUUAAUAUAGUGCUCCUGAAAUGUAUUCAUUCCAAACAGCAGGCCUGGAGUGCACAAUAAAUGGCUGAUUUUGAUUCAGUUUAGUCCUUUUAAAUCACUACAUUCUUAACAGUUUAUUGUUGCAUUUCAUUCAGCAGUUUCUUUACUUAGUUGUUUAAUGUCAACUACUGUGUGACUUUUACCUAUUUUGGCACUUUUUCAGUUGGUGUGACUUUCAGCAGUCUUGGAUAAAGGCCCUUAAAAACAGUUCCAUCAGACCAUGGUAUUUUAAUAACUGGAAUCCUUUAAAGUGCAAACUGAUUUCUCAAAGUUUUGAAAUAUGAAAUGGGACAAAAUCUGUGCUGUUUUAAUGUAUUUCUGAUUUGUUUUAUUUCUUUUGAAGAGGUUAAGAUUAUAGCAUGUAUAUAGAAAUUGUGACUGCUUGGUUACCUACCUGCAUUCUUUAAAUACUUUGCUGAGAUUAUUGUAUAUUUUAUGGAUAAUAAAACAAAAAUGUGAGUUGUAUGUAA